AGAAUAAGACCAACGCGAAGUUAGCAUAACUCAAUCUAAAAACACGAUUACAUUUUAGUUUGUGUUUAUGAAUAUGCGAUUUGUUACACCUUGAGCGGUAUAUCAAAUUCUCAAGUAUCUAGUUUAAAAAUCGUGCUAUUUUUUAAAUACGUGAUUGGAAUAAGUUUACGACCAUCGUAAUAAUUCAUGUAUCUGAAAGUGAAGUGUAAAUCCUCCGGGGAUUGUGGAAUAAUGAAAAGCAGUGCAUUUAUCGCUUUGUAGCGAUGUGUGAAUUCAGUAAUUUGAAUUGAUAGUGAUUUAAUUUAAUUCAUGGUGUUACAGAAAAUAUUAGUGUCAUUCGCAAAGCAUAGUUCGAAUCAUAGGGUCCAUAAAGGAGCAGACGGAUUCUAUCAUGGUCGUAAAACGUGCUGCGGACAGUGCGGACUCACCUAUUCUGGAGGAGGCCGGUGAGAGCGGCUCCGAACAGAAGCCAAAGCCGCUUGUCAAAUAUGGCGAACUUGUUAUACUUGGGUACAACGGUUACUUGCCAGCGGGCGAGCGCGGCCGGCGGCGCAGCAAGUUCGUAUUGUACCGCCGGCCGGCAGCAAACGGUGUGCGCCGUUCCAAACACUACGUAGUGAAGACGCCGCACAGCAGUAAAGCUAUCCUCGAUGCCAGCCAGCAUUCCAUCUCGUACACACUCAGCCGCAGUCAGGCGGUCAUCGUCGAGUAUACAGAAGACCCCGACACUGAUAUGUUUCAGAUUGGUAGAUCAUCGGAGUCCCCGAUCGACUUCGUGGUUAUGGACACAGUGGCAGGCGACAAGAGCGGCGACACCAAAGUGCUGCAGAGCACCAUCUCUCGCUUCGCCUGUCGUAUCCUCGCCGACCGCAACGAUGUAAACAACUGCCGCAUCUACGCCGCCGGCUUUGACUCUUCCAGGAAUAUAUUUCUUGGCGAAAAAGCGACAAAAUGGACGGAGAAUCACGAGAUAGAUGGUCUGACGACGAACGGUGUGCUGAUAAUGCACCCGCGCGGUGACUUCUGCGGCGGCAGCGCCACGUGCGGACCCUGGCGCGAGACAUCCGUCGGUGGCGCUGUCUUCUCGCUCAGGGAGAGCCGCUCGGCACAACAAAAGGGUGUGCCGUGUCAAGCAGAGACAAAUGUACUGAGAGAUGGAACUAUGAUAGAUCUGUGCGGUGCCACGCUGCUGUGGAGGAGCGCGGAAGGACUUAAAAAUUCACCUACGAAGCGUACCCUGGAGGCGCUGGUGGACGAGCUGAACGCGGGGCGGCCGCAGUGUCCCGUCGGCCUCAACACGCUCGUCAUCCCGCGCAAGCUCUCCGCCGCGCACCAGGACCUCAACCAGCCCUACGUCUACCUGCACUGCGGACAUGUGCAAGGCGAGCACUCGUGGGGCGCGGAGGGCAGCGAGGCGGGCGUGCGGCGAUGCCCGAUGUGCCUGACGGCGGGCCCCGUGGUGCGCGUCUGUAUGGGCAUCGAGCCCGCAUUCUACGUAGACUCCGGCCCGCCCACAUACGCAUUCAACCCCUGCGGACACAUGGCCUCCGAGAGGACCGUCAAGUACUGGGCGAGUGUGGACAUCCCGCACGGCACGAACGGCUUCCACGCGAUCUGUCCCUUCUGCGCCGCCCCGCUGCAGGGCUCACCCGGAUACGUGCGCCUCAUCUUCCAGGACAACCUCGACUGAAUCUCAUCCCAGCCCAUACCACAACACACAACACACACACAUCCGCGUAUAGAACUAUACGUAGGACAGUGCAUCGAUAACGACGGAACAAAGACAUCAGUAAUGGCUAGACUCGGCUAUAGACUUAUUACAUCGCUUGAUGAAUGGGAAGAACAACAACGGCCAUGCAUCGGAAAAAAAAAUUCGUAUUGACAGUUUCAACAGUCCAAGUAUACUUGUUUACUUAGUUUAUAAAAUCAUGUCAUCUCUCAAUUUCUCAUUGAAAAAACAAAGACAAAAAUAGGUAUAAAUAAUGUCCACGAUAGUCAAACAUCACGGUUACUGGGAAUUAAUGAUCACACUGUAGCAAUGUACUUUGAUUUGGCACUUCAGGAACUUGUGGACUGUUCUGCCUGACGUGCCAACUCAAGUGUCGUGUGCUUUUUUUUUAAUAUUCAUAUCAAAUUAAUCACUUAUAUUUCUAAUAAGGUUGAUUCUUUUUGAAUAAAUCUGUCCACUCUAUUAUAAACCGUAUGCUAAAGCAACAAGGUACAAAAUAGAAUAAUUUUUCAAAAAGUCAAAAGUUCCCAGUAUGUGAUCAUUCAGU